AUGUCUUUGAAACUGUUGCGUAAUUGGCCUGGAAUUUUCAAACUGGCGGCUGCUGGCCGAGAUCAAUGCUAUCUCCGUCAGCAUAGGAGACAUUUCAUAAUGCCACCUCCCAAAGACGAGGAUUGCAAAGUGAAUGUGGUGAAUAGUGCGUAUGCACCGCAACUUGUCUAUAAGUAUAACCCAUUGAAGUAUUACUUGAGUAAGCUGCGCAUGUUAAAGCUCAGAUGGACAUGGGAUCAUAACUUCAAGGAGCAUAACUUUCUUGAGGAGUCUAAACAGGCGGCCAUUUCGUUGACCGAUAUACUCCGAUUGCGCGAUAUGAAAAAAAUCAAUCACUUUUCUACUUCAAAUGUUUACUACCAGAUGGCCAAUGAGUCGAUCAAUUUACCAGAGUCCUGCCUCGAGCUGCUGCGUUUUCGUAAACAGGAUAUACGUCAAGUAGUUCCAAUCAAUGUGCAUCUCCACAAAAUUUUGGGGUUAAAAUAUGCAGUCAUCGAUGUCGUUAUGGUGGGGUUACGACAUAUGGCCGAUUGUGAAACGAAUGACGAUCUAGAAAGGAUGAAGAAAGCAUUGAUUCAAAUGGAACCCGAACUUAAAGCGGAACUAUUCCAAUGCUGAGAAAAUUUCGGGACUGGUAUUGAAAAACCACACGAAUCGUUGGCUUGUGUCUGUCUACAAAAUCUGCAAAUUCAAUAUUUUUACGGUCCCUACAAAAUAAUCGAGAGAAUCUGUGACAGUGUCACUUAACUGUGUUUAUUCCUUUAAUAAAGUGUCAAAUUGAAGACUUCUGAA